ACUAAUCAACGCCGAACAACAAAACAAAAGCUAUAAAGUAGAAAGUUAGAAACUAACUAUGGUUAAAAUCCUCAAUGUUAUGGAAGUAAACCAUGGUUAAUUCAUCCGCCCUAAUCAAAACCUAUCCCCUUUAAAAGCCUCACCCUCAUGAGCAACCCAAAGAAAGAAAAUGCGAGAAAAGUAGGAGGGAACCAAACAGAAACCGCAGGAAAUUGCAAAAGCUUUCUCAAGAAAAGUGGCAAUAGAAAAAAAAGGUGAUACCUUGUCCUAAAAAAUGGCGUUUUACGUCGAUGAAGAAGAGGUUUGGAAAUGUCCAAAGCAUCCUUCGAAACGCCGCCGUAGUGGAAUCUGUCCGGUUUGCCUCAGAGAAAAGCUUGCUUCUCUUUGCCCCGACUGCGCCCACGCGCGUCCUUGCGCAUGUAGCGCAACCUCUUCUUCUUCAUCCUCAUCUUCCUCCUUCUAUCGCUUCUCAACUGCCACAGCCGGGGAUAUCUCAGGUGUCGGCGCUUUCGGUCGCGUUCCUAAUCUUAUCGAAAGCGAACCUUCGUUCCGACGAUCCAGAUCCCUCGCGAUUCCUUUUCUCCGAUCGAAACCCGAGAGUUUAACCGAAAGAAAUGAUUUUGCGGGUAAUAAGAGCAAGACGCCGUCUUUUUGGUCGAUGUUUAGAGCUAGUAAUAAGAGCAAGCGAUACGAGAGUGAAGAUCGUCAAAUAAAGGGAGAGAAUGAUAGAAUACCGGCGGAGGAAGAACGAAGGAGGAUGAUGAGGAAGUCAAGGUCGGUGGCGGUAACGUCACAUUCCGGUAUCGGAGAAUUAAAAUCGUCACCGUCUACCAAAUGGAAGGGCUGGUAUUUCCCGAGUCCGAUGAAGGUUUUCAGGCAAACUAGGGUUUCCAAACUUGUUUUCCAAGAACGCUCUCCUUUGUAUAGAGGCUGAUUUCUUUUUCCUUUUUUUUUUUUUUAAUUUCUAUUUUUCUUUCUAAUUUGUAUAGCAAAUAAGCAAACGUCAAAAAUUAACAACAGAAAUGAACGAAAGAGUAUGACUUAUAUAUUUAAAAUUUUUGGAA